AAAGACUGUUGAUGUGUUGCUUAGCAACCCAAGUUAGCGUGCUCUGCAGUUGUCCUGGCAACUGAACCCAAACAAGCGGUCCUGAUCCAGAAAGCAGAGGCCUUCUGUCUUAACAACUCACUUGCAGUCGUGAUCUGUAAACCUGUCCCACUUGGUAUACCCUGUGCUGAACAUGGUGAUAGAGAAAAACACAGUGUGCAACAAAGCCGAAGCUGGACUGAGCAACGGAAAAGCUAAAACACCUGUCUGCUCCGAGGGAUUCACUGUCAAAGCUAUGAUGAAGAACUCAUUAGUAACAGGCCCCCCAGCAGCAGGAGCAUUCAAAGAAAGACCUGCAAAGCCCACGGCCUUUCGCAAGUUUUAUGAGCGAGGAGACUUCCCGAUCGCCCUUGAGCAUGAUACAAAAGGAAAUAAAAUAGCCUGGAAGGUGGAGAUUGAGAAAUUGGAUUACCAUCACUAUUUGCCUCUGUUUUUUGAUGGGCUUUGUGAGAUGACACAUCCUUAUGAGUUCUUUGCGCGUCAAGGAGUCCAUGACAUGCUGGAGCACGGAGGACCAAAGAUCCUUCCUGUCAUUCCUCAGCUCAUUAUACCUAUAAAAAAUGCCCUGAACAUUCGCAAUCGCCAGGUUAUCUGCACCACACUUAAAGUUCUUCAGCACCUUGUUGUAUCCGCUGAAAUGGUGGGUGAAGCUCUUGUACCCUAUUAUCGCCAAAUACUACCCAUCCUGAACAUUUUCAAGAAUAUAAAUGUAAAUUCAGGAGAUGGAAUUGACUACAGUCAACAAAAGCGAGAAAACAUUGGAGACUUGAUACAAGAGACACUGGAAGCUUUUGAGCGCCACGGAGGGGAAGAUGCUUUUAUAAACAUAAAAUACAUGGUCCCUACCUAUGAAUCCUGUUUGCUAAACUAACAGAAUAGAAAUUCUAUAUCAGAAAGAUAAAAGAAGGCUUCAUUUAUGCUUCCAAAAUCUUAUCCCCUUUUGUAUUUUUUUUCUUGUUAUUUAUGUCUUUCAUUCCUCACAGCUGCAACAAAUGGGGACUUGUGGACCAUUUGACUGUUAGUACUAUUGUGAACAAGGCUAUCAAAUACAUAAACACUGACUGUUUCUGAGAUUACAA